GUACAUUUGAGAGUGCACACUGGAGAAAAACCUUAUAAGUGUGAAAUUUGUUUAAAGCAAUUUACCGGUGCAUUUAACUUGAAAAGACAUUUGAGAGUACACACUGGAGAAAAACCGUACAAGUGUGAAAUUUGUUUUAAACAGUUUAGUGAAAAAAGUGAUUUGAAAAAACAUUUGAGAAUCCACACUGGAGAAAAACCGUACACGUGUGAAAUUUGUUUAAAGCAAUUUAGUCAAGCAUUAUCUUUAAAAAAACAUUUGAGAGUUCACACUAGAGAAAAACCGUACACGUGUGAAAUUUGUUUAAAGCAAUUUAAUCAAGCAUUAUCUUUAAAAAAACAUUUGAGAGUGCACACUGGAGAAAAACCUUAUAAGUGUGAAAUUUGUUUAAAGCAAUUUACCGGUGCAUUUAACUUGAAAAGACAUUUGAGAGUACACACUGGAGAAAAACCGUACACGUGUGAAAUUUGUUUAAAGCAAUUUAGUCAAGCAUUAUCUUUAAAAAAACAUUUGAGAGUGCACACUGGAGAAAAACCUUAUAAGUGUGAAAUUUGUUUAAAGCAAUGUACCGGUGCAUUUAACUUGAAAAGACAUUUGAGAGUACACACUGCAGAAAAACUGUACAAGUGUGAAAUUUGUUUUAAACAGUUUAUUGAAAAAAGUGAUUUGAAAAAACAUUUGAGAAUCCACACUGGAGAAAAACCGUACACGUGUGAAAUUUGUUUAAAGCAAUUUAGUCAAGCAUUAUCUUUUAAAAAACAUUUGAGAGUUCACACUGGAGAAAAACCUUAUAAGUGUGAAAUUUGUUUAAAGCAAUUUACCGGUGCAUUUAACUUGAAAAGACAUUUGAGAGUACACACUGGAGAAAAACCGUACAAGUGUGAAAUUUGUUUUAAACAGUUUAGUGAAAAAAGUGAUUUGAAAAAACAUUUGAGAAUCGAAAUUUGUUUAAAGCAAUUUAGUCAAGCAUUAUCUUUAAAAAAACAUUUGAGAGUUCACACUAGAGAAAAACCGUACACGUGUGAAAUUUGUUUAAAGCAAUUUAAUCAAGCAUUAUCUUAAAAAAAAAACAUUUGAGAGUGCACACUGGAGAAAAACCUUAUAAGUGUGAAAUUUGUUUAAAGCAAUUUACCGGUGCAUUUAACUUGAAAAGACCGUUGAGAGUACACACUGGAGAAAAACCGUACAAGUGUGAAAUUUGUUUUAAACAGUUUAGUGAAAAAAGUGAUUGAAAAAACAUUUGAGAAUCCACACUGGAGAAAAACCGUACACGUGUGAAAUUUGUUUAAAGCAAUUUAGUCAAGCAUUAUCUUUAAAAAAACAUUUGAGAGUUCACACUAGAGAAAAACCGUACACGUGUGAAAUUUGUUUAAAGCAAUUUAAUCAAGCAUUAUCUUUAAAAAAACAUUUGAGAGUGCACACUGGAGAAAAACCUUAUAAGUGUGAAAUUUGUUUAAAGCAAUUUACCGGUGCAUUUAACUUGAAAAGACAUUUGAGAGUACACACUGGAGAAAAACCGUCCAAGUGUGAAAUUUGUUUUAAACAGUUUAGUGAAAAAAGUGAUUUGAAAAACAUUUGAGAAUCCACACUGGAGAAAAACCGUACACGUGUGAAAUUUGUUUAAAGCAAUUUAGUCAAGCAUUAUCUUUAAAAAAACAUUUGAGAGUUCACACUAGAGAAAAACCUUAUAAGUGUGAAAUUUGUUUAAAGCAAUUUACCGGUGCAUUUAACUUGAAAAGACAUUUGAGAGUACACACUGGAGAAAAACCGUACAAGUGUGAAAUUUGUUUAAAGCGAUUUAAUCAAGUAGGUUAUUUGAACGUACAUUUGAGAAUACACAUUGGAGAAAAACCGUACAAGUGUGAAAUUUGUUUAAAACAAUUUAAUCAAGCAGGUGAUUUGAAAAAACAUUUGAGAGUGCACACUGGAGAAAAACCCUACCAGUGUGACAUUUGUUUUAAACGGUUUAGUGAAGGAGUUAGUUUGAAAAAACAUUUGAGGGUUCACACUGGAGAGAAACCGUACAAGUGUGAAAUUUGUUUAAAGCAAUUUGAUCAAGCAGGUCUUUUGAAAAGACAUUUGACAGUGCACACUAGAGAAAAAAGUCACAAGUGUGAAAUUUGUUUUAAACAGUUUAGUGAAGCAGAUGAUUUGAAGAAACAUUUUUUAGAGUGCACACUGGAGGUGUGAAAUUUGUUUAAAGCAAUUUAACGAAGCAUUUCACUUGAAAAGACAUUUGAGAGUUCACACUGAAGAGAAACCGUUUAAGUGUGAAAUUUUUUUAAAGCAAUUUAAUCAAGCAGGUAAUUUGAAAAGAUAUUUGACAGUACAGACUGGAGAAAAACUCACAAGUGUGAAAUUUGUUUUAAACAGUUUAGUGAAGCAGAUGAUUUGAAAAGACAUUUGACAGUGCACACUGGAGAAAAACAGUACAAAUGUGAAAUUUGUUUAAAGGACUUUAUUAAUAAAAGUAACUUGAAAAAACAUUUGGAAGUGCACGCUGGGCAAAAAUCGUAACAAGUUUGAAAUUUUAUUUUACGCGUUUUUCUCGCAACAGUAUUUUGAAAAUAUAUUUUUGAGGGUGCACAAUGAAGAAACACAAGUGUGAUAUUUGUUUUAAGGGGAGGGUAUGGUUUGAAAUUAACAUUUCAAACACAUGUUGUUCUGAAGCUAUUUCCUUGUGGUAUUUUUGUGAUCAACUAUUCUAAAUGGGAAAUAAGCCACAAUGUAACUAAAAAAAUGAUUUUAUUAACGGUUCGACGUCCGAAUCGGAUGUUGUUAUCAAAAUGCAAAAUAAUAAUAAAUUUUAAUAAUAUGAUAUAAUAAUAAUAUGUAUUUAUUUAUAUUAAUUUUUAAUUUAAAAUAUAAUACAUAAUUAUAUUUUAUUAUUUUAUGAACUAGUAUUUAAUAACUUUUUCUCUUAUUAUUAUUUUGUAUUUUGACAACGACUUCCAAUUUUACGUCGAAACGUUAAUAAAAUCAUUUUUUUAGUUCAAUUGUGGCUUAUUUCCCAUUUAGAAUAGUUGAUUAUUUCAAGCACAUAUUUGUGAUUUUUUUAAACUAUUGUACAACUAUUUUAUUUUUAAAUUAAAUAAGCAUAUUAAGUGCAUUUCAAAGAAUAUUAAAAGAUAUUCAAGGAAAUAUUCAAGGAAAAAGAUUGAAAAAUAAGCCAACGGUGGCAACUUUUUACAGACUCCUCCAAAAAAAUGGAUUUUGCGGGGGACAUCAGAACUCGUUACUGAAUCAUGUGAAAUAAAUAAUUCAAAAAGAUUUUAUUAGCUUAUGAGUUUUUUGAGGUAACUCUAUCGAGUUUUUUAUUUUUAACGAUUUUUGAGUUGUUGGUAUCACUCGGAAGUCAAAAAAGCGAAAUUCUUUAUAUCAAAAAGGUGAAAAUCAACAUAUUUAUUAUUGUUAAACAAAAAAUAAGCAUAAAACCAAAUAUAUCUCGGCAGAGCUACCUCAGGAAAUGUCCAAAAACAAUGUGUGCAAAAUUUCAGGUGGAUCGGCCGUUAUAGCCUGGAUAGUUUUGAGUUCCAAUGUCCACCGCCUUUGAAAGAAAAGUUUUGAGAAAAAUACGUUUAAAGUUUUGACAACUUUUAUUUUCAAUUUCUUUUUGUCUGUCAAAUCGUAAAGUAAUACACGCCGGGAUUGUUUUUUUAAUCGCAAAAUCUACAAAAGGGAAGCGGAACAGUUGUUGAAUAUUUCUCACUACGGUCAAGCGUGUUGGCGCUAAACCGCGACAAAGCAAGUCGAAGGUAGGGAUAUUUAACAUACUAUAUCUCUGGUAACUUUACUCCGAUCAAUCUGAAAUUUUCAGAGAGUAUUCAUGUAGUUAUGCACUUUCAUUUACAAUAAUAAAAAAAUCGAAAAUUUCAAACCGUACCCCCCUUACGCAGUUUUUUCAAGUAUUUAAUAUGAAACUGCAUAUGAGAUUGCUCACUGGAGAAAUUUCUUUUAUAUAAUAUGAUGCAGCCUAUGAUUUGAAACAAGGUAGAAGAAAGUAAAACUGGAAUAAAACUUUUAUUGGCGUUCUAGCCGUCAUCGUACUUCUCGAAAAAGAUUCCACUGCAAUUUCAUCUCCAAUUUUGCUCUUACAACUGUCUUCGGUGGUUGUCUCUGUGUCACUCUACAUGUUACUUAUUGGUUCAAUUUUUAAGUCAGCCAAUGUGUAUUAUUCUAGGCGAUGAAAAACGUAUUGGAAUUUUCAAAAAUAUCAGAUUCAGAAGGAAGAAAAAUGAUAUGUCCUGUUAUUUUCCAAGCAAUGGAUAUUUCAUUUUAUAAUAUCGUGCACAACUGCAAAUAAAUCGAUUUCAAUUACACUUCUCUACAACUACACUAGAUCUUAUUACAUCCUGCAAUAAGAUCUUUAAGUAUUUCGUCGGCGGUAUGACAUGUUUUUUGGAAAUAACCAUUGAUGGUAAACAAAGAAAAUGUCGAUAUUGUAAGAGUAUAAUAAAUGCAAAAAAUGAAACGUUGCUUUACAAUCAAAAUGUUACAGUAAAAAGAAUAGUAAAUAAUUCUAAAUAGUUUAGUUGUUUCUUAAUAAAAAAUGUUUUAAUGAGUAAUUUUGUAAAUAUUAUUUGUACAAUACAGUAAAACCAAUAAACAUCCAUUUCACCAUAUAAUAAUAA